ACAAGCAAAGUUGGUACUAUAGUAGUGGUAAAUACUACAUAUAGUAGUAGAGUAGUGGAGAGAGAAAGUAGAUUGAGAGAGAGAGAUGGUGGUGGGUAGUGGGUGUUUUUAUUGGAGAGAAGAAUUGAAUUAACGAGUGUUUUUGUAUUUAUUAGUUACAGCAAACCCAAGAAGAAGAGGAGGAAGAAGUAGAAAGAGAGUAAACUAGUGAGAGAGAUUGAGAGAGAGAAAGGAGGAGGAAGAGGAGGAAACAUGUCCAAGUUCAUCCCAACACCUCUGUAGCUUGCUUCUUCAUAGCGUAUCAGAUUCCAAAGGUGUCUCUCUCUUUUCUAUUUUUUUGGGAUUAUUUUUCUAAUCCCGUACACUUCCCACUAGUUUCCACCUUUCCCAUUCAUUGGGUAUUUUAUUUUUCUUAAAAAAAAUUAAGAAAAUACUUUUUCUGCUUCUGGAUUUUUCGUGGGGUUCAUUUAUUGGUGUAGAAUCUAAGUGGGUUUUGCUCUAUUUGCUGUUUUGAGAGUCCUUAUACACGGUUUUGAGAUCAUAUGGUAAUGUUGUUGAAGAAGGGAAAGUGGUCCUGAAAAUUUCAGACUAAGUGUACUCUACUACUGAAGCGUUGGUCAAUAUCAAGAAAAGUUGUGAUUUGUGAGGGAUCAACUCAAAAUUUCCAUGAUUUCAUCAGAAUCUGGAGAGGAUGCAAUGUCCUCCGAGGGUGCUGAGGAUCAGAUGAAACCGGCCUUCUUCUUGAGCAAACCGGAUUUCAUGCUCCAUCAUUCACAACUUGGUGGCAGCCAUUCAUUGGCUAGCGUUCAAUACCCCUAUGCUGAUCCAUACUAUGGUGGUUUUUUGACUUCAUAUGGCCCACAGGCUCUUAUGGUGGGGUUGCAAUCCACACGAGUUCCACUGCCUUUGGAUCUUACAGACAAUGGGCCCAUCUAUGUCAAUGCAAAGCAGUAUCACGGAAUUCUCAGGAGGCGGCAGUCUCGGGCAAAACAAGAAGCUCAGAACAAACUCAUAAGAAACCGCAAGCCAUAUCUCCAUGAGUCUCGGCAUCUGCAUGCCUUGAAUAGGGUAAGGGGAUCUGGUGGACGCUUUCUCAGCAAAAAACAGCUCCAACACCAGUCUUCUGAUUCUAACUCCUCGUCCUCCUCCUCCUCGAAGCUGCUGCAUCAGAAGAAUGACAGAAUGAACUCUGGGUAUGCUGAGUAUGUCACCUCAGUUACCACCUGCUCGGACACCAUGAGUGUUUCCGACAGCAGUGGGCUACGGUUCUCUGGAGCAACGUCACACAUGGGCGGGGCCAUGCAAUGCAGUGAGAGGCUGUUGCAUGGGGGAACCCAGCACUGUGCUUCAGUUGUUCGGUGAAACACAAGACCAUGCAUCGUCCAUGGUCGGGCAAAUCAUCCUUGGCUUUUGUUACUGUUUACGUUCUAUAUUUGCUGUUCUACUUUGGUUCAAGCAAAAGAAGAAAAAAAAUGCUGUUUGCUGAACUUUGUUCUGGAAACUGGACCAGAGCUACUACUGCCUACUGUAUCCUAUGUUGUUUAUAAUCAUGUCAUAAAAAAAAGUGCUUGUUGUACUGCUCGAAUUCCUCAAUUUGUGACUACUUUCUGUGUGUUGUUAUCUUACUACGAAUAUCAAUGUUUUAGUAUGCACUUUGGUUGGUUGGUUGGUUGUUGAGGUCGCUUGUGAACAUUUUAUAAUAUGUAAUUUUUUAUUUUCUUCGUUUUAAGAAUCAGAAUUUAUAAUUGGUUUUA